CACAAGGGGGCAGCCUGCAGAAGGGAGCUAACUCCCCGGGGGCUGCGGAGCCCCCCCGGUGCCCCCAAUAAACCCUGGCGGCAGAGCCAGCGGGAGAACACCCGUCACCCUCCCCCCGCGUGGAGGACAGCAACCUGGACACUGACUCGGGCACAGGUUCCCAGCUUCCUAGGAAAUCCUCUGGACGGUGAGGAGCUGAUUUGAAAGAAUAAUAAUAAUAAUACAAGGAUACAGCUGGGCCCUGUUUGCUUUUCCUGGUUUUUGUGUGUGAAGAUGCUAUCCUACAGCGUGCUGGACGCAAAUGUGGUGGAUGUGGAGAAAAGGAGAAACCCUUCUAAGCACUAUGUAUAUAUCAUAAAUGUAACAUGGUCUGACUCAACUUCCCAGAUCAUCUACCGGAGAUACAGCAAAUUCUUUGACCUGCAGAUGCAGCUUCUGGAUAAAUUCCCCAUUGAAGGAGGCCAGAAAGACCCCAAGCAGAGGAUCAUCCCCUUUCUACCAGGUAAAAUCCUGUUCCGGAGGAGUCAUAUUCGAGAUGUAGCUGUGAAGAGACUGAAGCCCAUUGAUGAAUAUUGCAGGGCACUCGUCAGGCUUCCUCCUCACAUUUCACAGUGUGAUGAAGUCUUUAGGUUCUUUGAGGCUCGACCUGAGGACAUCAACCCUCCGAAAGAGGAAUAUGGAUCCUCAAAAAGAAAAUCAGUUUGGAUGUCCAGUUUCUCUGAGACUCCAAGGAAGGAUGUUACAGGUGCUGAUGCUAGUUCUGAACCCAUGAUCCUGGAGCAGUAUGUGGUGGUGUCCAGCUAUGAGAAACAGGAGAACUCGGAGAUCAGCCUUCAGGCUGGGGAAGUCGUGGACGUAAUAGAGAAAAACGAAAGCGGUUGGUGGUUUGUGAGUACAGCAGAGGAACAGGGCUGGGUCCCUGCCACAUACCUGGAAUCCCAAAAUGGCACUAGAGAUGAUUCAGAAAUUAACACCUCCAAAGCUGGGGAAGUUUCUAAGCGACGCAAGGCUCACCUGAGACGCCUGGACCGGCGAUGGACGCUGGGCGGGAUAGUCAACAGGCAGCAGAGUCGAGAAGAGAAAUAUGUCACAAUCCAACCGUACACCAGCCAAGGGAAGGAUGAGAUUGGGUUUGAAAAAGGGGUCACCGUGGAGGUCAUCCAAAAGAACCUGGAAGGAUGGUGGUACAUAAGGCAUCUAGGUAAAGAAGGCUGGGCCCCAGCAUCCUACCUGAAGAAGGCUAAAGAUGAUCUUCCGUCUAGGAAAAAGAACUUAACUGGGCCAGUGGAAAUUAUAGGCAACAUUAUGGAGAUCAGUAACCUGCUGAACAAGAAACCAUCCAGCGACAAGGAAACCCAAGCAGAAAACGAAAUGGCGGAAUCCCACAUCACAAAGAAAGAAAUUAGCUUACCCAUCUUGUGCAAUGACUCUAAUGGCAAUGCCAUGAUGACCUCAGACAAGCAGGCUUCGAAACUGGCUCAGGGAUCCCCUGCUGUAGCGAGGAUCGCACCACAAAGAGCUCAAAUAAGCUCUCCAAAUCUAAGAACCAGGCCGCCACCACGGAGAGAAUCCAGUCUGGGCUUCCAGUUACCUAAACCACCUGAGCCGCCGUCAGUGGAGGUGGAAUACUACACCAUUGCAGAAUUCCAGUCUUGUAUUUCUGACGGAAUAAGCUUUCGUGGAGGACAAAAGGCAGAGGUUAUUGAUAAGAACUCUGGUGGCUGGUGGUAUGUACAGAUUGGAGAGAAAGAAGGGUGGGCUCCAGCAUCUUACAUUGAUAAAAGGAAGAAGCCCAAUUUAAACAGAAGAACCAGUACUCUAACCCGACCCAAGGUCCCUCCCCCAGCACCUCCCAGUAAACCAAAAGACGUGGAAGAAGGAACAGCUCCUGGGACUGUUUCAUCAGGAGAAGCCCAGGACUCCCCACAAAAGCUCAGAUAUGAAGAACCAGAGUACGAUGUGCCUGCCUUUGGCUUUGACUCGGAGUCUGAGGUGAAUGAAAGCCAUGGAGAUGAUAGUUCCUUGGAAAAAUGUCUGUUUCAGCCACUUAAGCCAUCUCCUGUCUCAUCCCUGCAGAGGGCAAAGUUCAGAGUUGGUGAGUCUUCAGAGGAUGUUGCUCGUGAAGAAGAGAUCAUCUAUGAAAAUGAGGGAUUCAGGCCUUAUGUGGAGGACACUUCAUCAUGUAAAGAAUCCAGCGGAGACUCGGAUUCCCCAAAAAGCUCCUCUCUGUCUCUAAUCCGAAGAAACUCUCCAUGCUCCAGUUCUCCCAAAUCAUCGCUCCUGAAGCUCAAAUCUGACAAAAGCAUUCAGCCCGAUCUUGGAAAAAGUCACUACUCCAGGAAUGACGAGAUAAAACCCAGAUCAGCCUCAGAUGUUGGCUUACAUAGCAUGCCAAGAACAAGUGCGAAGAAGGAGCCUGGACAGAGCCCCUCAACGAAAGCGAAGCCAAUGGUUAGACCUAAGCCCUUCCUCAAUAAGGCAGAUUCUCAGAGCCAAGAAAAAAUGGAUAUCAGCACUUUAAGGCGUCAGCUGAGGCCAAUUGGGCAGCUCAGAGGUGGACUUCAAGGUUCGAGAAGUGAAGAGUCUGAAAGCCCUCCACAAAUAGCUCCUGAGAGCCAAGACGACUCCCUUAGAAGAAGCUCCGCAGAUCUCAUUACAUCUCCUUCCCAUGCCAUUUUUUGCUCUAACCAUCCAGCCAAGACAGAGCAAGAGAAUGACACAAAAUGUUUUUAUGUGACCUCUGACUCUUACCAAAAGGUUCAGGAUUCUGAACUCUGCUUCCCAGCAGGAGUGGAAGUGGAAGUGUUGGAAAAGCAAGCCAGUGGAUGGUGGUACAUGAAAUAUGGAGAUAUGGAAGGGUGGGCUCCUUCCCACUACCUCGUACUUGCCGAUAACCAACAACAAGAAACUUCAGAGACUGACAUCUCGCUGGGCAGGAACAGAAGAAAUGAAAGCAAGUCAAACAGCUUGGAGAAGAUAGAGAAAAGAGUUCAGGCUUUGAACACCAUCAACCAGAGCAAAAGAGCAAUGCCCCCCAUUCCAAGCAAACCCCCUGGUGGCUUUUCUAAAACUUCAGGGGCUGUGAAAAUGAGGAAUGGAGUGAGACAGUUAGCAGUGAGGCCACAGUCUGUGUUCGUCUCCCCACCCCCAAAGGAUGAUAACCUGUCCUGCUCCCUGCGCAGGAACGAAUCCUUAACUACUACAGACCAUCUAAGGGCUGUCCGCCGGAAUUCCUCUUUCAGCAGUGCGCGAUCACAGCCUGGUGACUCGAAGGCAAAGCAGACUGAUCAAUCGGGCAUAGAGGGAUUGGAGACAACCUCCAACUUAUCCACUCAGCGCAAUGGAAUCCCGGUGUCCACUGUCCGGCCAAAGCCCCUUGAAAAAUCCCAGUUCAUCCACAACAACCUCAAGGAUAUAUACGUUUCCAUUGCAGACUAUGAGGGGGAUGAGGAGACGGCAGGGUUUCAGGAAGGUGUCUGCAUGGAGGUCCUGGAAAGAAACCCAAAUGGUUGGUGGUACUGUCAGAUCAUGGAUGGUGGGAAACCAUUUAAAGGCUGGGUGCCCUCAAAUUAUUUGGAGAAAAAAAAUUAAUGUUGCAAUAUCUUAAAAUUCCCUAAUUUAUACUGUUCCUGCUGUGUACAUCUGGGGAAAAAAAUUGCUACACCCACAAAAACAUUUUUCCUCAUGCUCUAGUUUGUGCAAAGGGACUGACUGAUUAAGCUGUGCUUUGUUUGCAGAGCUUUAUGGGGUUAACAUGGCCUGAAGGAAUUUAAGCAAAGAAAAUGAUACAGUCAAACGUCUUUUUUUUUUUUUUUUUGAAGCUGUUGUUAAUCUGUGUGUAACAGGGUAUGAUAUCCCAUCUUUCCUGUUAAUGGUAGGAAACCAAACGUGUGCCUUUGCGAGAGAUACAAACUGAUGCAUCCACUCGAGGAAAUCGUUGGGGGGGAGUUUAGUGCCAAACUUAGACAUUUUAGAAUCUCUGCUUCCUCUCUCCUUCCUCUCAUCUCCACAUGGAAUAUCCAGAAGUUUUGAAUGUGUUUUCACAACUUUUAACUGUGCAAAGUGAGUGGGAAUUUGAUUCUAAAAUGCAGAGGAGAACCCCAGCCCUUUCUAGAAGCUCAGAUUUUUUCACUCUUCUCAACAGUCAGUUCCAGCGUUGGAGCCUUUUCAUCGUGGAGAGAUUUGGUCUCUGACUUCAACCACAGUUUGUGAUUAUUACUAAACCUCAGAAAUGACAUUCAGGAGGCGUUUUGGGUUUUUUUGGCUGCCUUUUGUUCUGUCUCUAGGCUCUUGAGUUGAGACUCCAGGUGUUCUUAUGGCCUGUAGGGCUACCAGGUGCUUGCAAACACACCACAAAAACAAACCUAUGGACACAACUUUGUGAACAAUGAUUACUUUAAAUACUCCUUGUUUAGUUCAGUGUGGUGACUCCUGCCAAGAGAUCCAGGUUGAUUCUCUUUCCUGAACUGGGUUUUUCCAAAUUGUCACAAUUUUUAAGUAUUCAAAAUGCCUCUGAGGCCUCAAAGAAGAAAAGCAAUCAAACGCGUUACUCCCGUUUUCGCUGUCAGAUACAAAUUGGAGCACAUUCACAGGACCCACAAAGCUGUAAGUUAGAAACAGCCAUAACCUGUUGCGGCAUCAGUGUUUACAAAGGGGGUGGUGGAGAAGCCAUGGAAUUCAGUAUGCACAAUCUUUAAUUUGUAUAUUUUGGGGGAGUUGUUUUUGUUUGUCUUUCCUGUGCAUUCUGGGUAUUUUUUUUAAUUGUGCAUUGAUUUACCAAAAAAGACUCUUUAGUUUUCACUUAAAUAAAAAAAAAGUAGGAGUCAAUUUUGUGAUUGGAUUCCCACUUGAAUCCAAAAAGUACAUUUGUACUGCAAAGAAUGCAUGGAUUUUCAAGCUCAAAGAGAGAUCUAAUAACAAAGCAAUUAAGGCUACAAUGUGACUAGCUGCCUCUUCCCCCCACCCCACCCCCACUUUUCCUUCAUGUUAUUUAUAACUCUAAUGCUUUAAAACGUGACCCACGGGUGGCGGGGCGGGAAUAUACAACCAUUUGGAAAGGGCUUGGAUUAGACUGGUUCCUGAGGUAGCCAGCUAUUGUACUGUAAGCAUCAGCCACUAUAAAUCCAUACUGUACUGGAGGAAGUCUUGCUUUUGGCAGUUUUUUGAUGGGCUCCUUAACCAUUUAAGUGAAGAUCAAUAUCCAGUUUCUUUAAGAGGCAGCAUUUUUGUGUCCUGUUUUAAAGGGGAAAAGUCAAUUAUUUCACUGCUCGUGUAUUACACAAAAUGAUACAUGCCCUUUUAUUUUCCAGCCAAACUUCAUACCAAUUAUUGGCAUUGGGAAGAUAAAGGGUCUGAUGAUUUAGUUAGCUGGAACCCAACCUGGGGUGGGGCCUAAAAUAGCACAGUAUUGAGUGUGUUGUAGAGUGUUUUCUCUGCCAACAAAACAAUUUACAAGUUGUUCUUGUCUUUUUUUUGUGAUUUUUUUUUGGGGGGGGUUAACUAAUCAUCACGAAAACUUCGAGGGAAAGAUGCCUACAGUCAACAUGACUGACAUCCCUUUGCUAGCUGAAAAACCAUUACGUUGCAAUCCAAGGCUGCAAAUGGAGUUCGGUUGAAACCGUGAUGUCCACGAGUAAUGGUGGGGGAGGGUGUUCUACUUGGAUCCAACGUAAGUCGUGAGGAGGAGGUGUAUCUACACUACCGCCCAUAUCAAAAUGUGUAGAGUCCUCUCUCUGCCUUAUGUUUUACUAUAUAUAUGUAUAUACCCAGUUAACCACAUCUUACUGGAUGUCUGUCUGAGGCACUGCAGUCCCAUCUCUCAUGCUUCUACCCAUUUUUAGUUGUACUAAUAUGGUAGCAGUCAUUACAGACUGCUGGAGCUGUUGUGAGAUUAUAAUAGAAGUAUUCUAUUCUUCUGCUGGACAGUAUUAAAUAGAGCAAUACAUAGUUAUCUGCUAGAUUGCAGUACUAACAGUAGUGACUUAGUGACUUGUGUAAUGUUGUUUUGAUUUACUUUAACAAUAAUGAUGCGGAAGUGGUUCAUUAUUUUGAAUUAAUGCACUUUAACAAUAAAAAAACCAAAAUGGAAGUCAACACAGCGAACUAAGUGCAUUAUUUAAAGGUGCAGUAUAUAAUUUUCAUUUUUUUAAAAAGCAUGUAUUUAUUAAAAUUAAUUUAUAAUUAUUUAAAAAUAUGCUAAAGUUUUUGUUUUGACAGCACUUUCAUGCUGUCAUCUCCCAAGGAGACAAAAAACACAGCUCCCAAUACUUCUGCGUUGAGCCACUGAACUCUCAAAAUACAGAGCAGCAUGACUUGAGCUCUUGCCGAGAGAGAGAGACGUUUCUGAUUAGAGAGCAAACCAUUUAGGAAUAUUCAGAUUGCAUCCAACAAAGGAAAGGCCACCGAUGCAAAGAAUCUCUGAGUGGGAGGAGACCUCUGGUGAGGCCAUUGGAGCCUGCACUGGGACUGGAUUGAUUUCAUUAACCCUAAUCUUCCCCUUUCUGUGUGGGUGUCAGGGUAGCUUUGAACACCUCCAUGAGCCUGGGCUCUGAAUAAGGUUGUGGAAUAUUGAGGUGCUCAAACCCCACUAUGACCUGGUGGUAAUCUCAGGAUCAAGCCAUUAGAAUCGGGGCCAUUGUUAAACUUUAUAACUAAAGUCACUGUCUUGCAUCCCUCCCUACCUGCCAGUACACUAAGUAUUUCCCAUUGCACCUUAAACCAGAGUUGCUUGUUCUGCCCUAAUUGAGGGACUUGGUUUGGUCUUGGUCCUUGUGUACAUUGUGCCCAGCCAGUCAUCAACAGCACGGUUGGCUGUGGUGUAGAAUGAUUUAUAUCAACAAGGUACAAAAGAAUAUCAGGACCUGCAAAUGUUCGUGUCUUGCACAGGUUUUCUCAAGCAUCUGUUCUGCUCCGCAACUGAUGAUUACUCCUGUGAAGCUUCUUUCAGAUUUCAUAGGAGAAGGCAGAGUUGCGAAGUUCAGAUUCUGGGUAAUAGCCUCCUCCCCAUAAACACUACACACACGUACGCCCAACAGAAUGGAAAGUGACAAAUGCACUUGAAUCUAAAUGAGAGUUUGUGGCUCAGAAAUUAAUCUGAGCCACAUAAACAUCAGAUCCAGAUUACCCGCUAUUCGGGAAUGAUCAGAUCUAGGCUUCACUUAAAUUCAGUGGUUGUGUCGUAAUUUUCAGGUUUAAAAGGAUGUUUUACGAAAGCAACGUCAUUAGUCUAAAUACUGUUGUCGCCAAACUUCCCUCCCCCACUUUAAGAACACUGGACCUGAAAGAAAUUAGAGAAAGAUGUGUUGAGUUUUAUAUUUGAUGACAGCACUUUUUGUGUAGUCAGUCACUGUUUCCCUGUGUAGCCAGCUAUUUUCCCCUCGGGUUGUUAAGAUCCUUUAUAAAGUAACAGAGGAGAGAAGCUCCUUUUUCCCCCCUACCCACCCAAAGAAAUAGGAAAAUUUGAUUGUAAAACAACAAAAAUUGGCAGGGUGACUCGGGGAAGAUGAAGGAAGUGUUCAUGGCCCUUUAAUUUUUUGUACUGAAUUUGCCAAAAGUGACACUGUGACUUUGAACAAUUUUUAAAUGUGUGAGAGAACCUCACUUUAUAACAGCAAAUACAUAAUUCUAUCUUGGUGUUUUUAAAAAAAACUUGAAGCAAGUAAAAAAAAAUCUGGAGAGCUACUGAAGUAUUUUGUGGAGUCAGAGUGCCCUCUUGUGGUAGGAGGAGAUGCAUGCUGCCAUUCUAUUGGGCUAAAUGAUUGCUUUGAUCAUCCAGCCAUGCUUUCCAAAAAGUAUAAAAUGUGGAAAUUGAACCUGCAAAAGGCCAAAAUGCAGUUCAAUUAUACCAAAUUCACAAAUGUGAAAUUUUGUCUUGCUGUAUACUGCAACUUUAAUAAUAAUGAGCACUUCUGAGUUCGUUAUUGAGGUUUAUAUAAUGCCUGAAAAGCUUUCUUGAUCCCCAAAAGAAUUUUUCCAAAUUAACUUUUUUUAAAAAACUUUUCAGCCUUACCCACUUAAAGGCAGUUCCUAUUAAUUGGCUUAACCUUUUGUGCCUUGCAAAAUGUGCAUCAAUGACUGAUGUUGUUUGUAAAACCCAGUCUCAAUGCAGAAGACAUUAAAUAUACACUGCCUGGUAUUUUAACUGAUACGUAUUCAUAUGUAUUGAUUGCAAGUCACCUUAAAAAAAAGUGUACCAUAGUUCAAAUUUUAGCAAGGAUUGGAUAACUAAAGGCCAAACUUUGUUCAUAGUUGAACUGGUGUAAAUGGAAUUACUUCAUAUUUACACUGGUAUAACUAAAAUCAGAAUUUGGGCCUCAAAAGAUUCCUUCUAUAGCAAUGCUCUAGUUCUUGACGAAGGCAUUAUAUAAUUUGUUUUUAAUCACUUUCAGAUCUUAGUGCAGCAUAUGUUAUUGUAAUAUAUAUUCAUUGCUUUCCUCAGUUAAAGAAAAGUUACUGCUUUUAUCAUUUAGGAGAAACACAAGGGAAUUUGGUAAAGCAUUCAUUAUUUUCAUGUUACUAGUAUUAACAGAGUAGAAUGUGUACUGUUUAAUUUUAGGCCUUUUUAGGCAGCUUGUUAAUAAUUCGUAUUUUGCUGUGUUGUAUCUUACUAAUGUGUUUAUUACAUUUUUCCCCAAAUACUCUGCAUUCUCAAGAAAAAAAAUCCAAUGAGUGGAUAAGUGCAAUAUUCACAGAAUAAACAGGCCCCUCAUCCAGGACUUGGAGCAGAGCGCACAGUGUGAAACAUCUGUAAUUUUAACUCAUGCACUCUUAAGAAAAUUUUGGAGGAAUCGGGAGGGAGGGGGGUCAGUUGGAAGGAAAUACAACUCGGGUACAUAUGGAUUGUUGACUGUUGGGUUUUUUAUGGAAUGACUGUUUCAUAAGCAAAACACCUAUUAGCAAAAAUGCAGAGAUUAUACUUGCAUGUUGCAAGAGCCCUGGAUGGAAUAUGCAUGGAUGGAAUAUGCAAGAGUGCCCUUAAUUAGGCAUGAUACCUGUAUUACCCUUUAAACACAUCCUUGUAUCAUCUAUGCCUGAUCUUUCUCUUUCUCCAGUGCAUUUUUUUUUUCAGCAAAUUCCCCAUGCUAAACUUCAGAAUUUAUGGUAAUUUUAGAAAGGGAUAAAAAUGUUCAUGGUUUAGGCCUAGGAUUCAAUAGUGUCCUGUCUUUUUUGUGUUUAUUAAUAGGGCCAUGUGACUUCUCCCUUCAUUUUUGUCAAACCAAAAAUAAUUCACUGUUCUCUCUGUGAUGACUUCUUACCUGUGAAAUUUCACAGUGGGAUUGUUGCAUUGAAACAGGAAAGUUUGCAUUUUGACUUCCUAUUCUGAUGUGAAAAAAUAAAUAAUUUUGGAUCUGCAAUUUUGACACUCUUCCUUUUUUUGAAAUUUCCAAUUCAAGUUUUCAAUCUGAGGGACUAUUUUGAGUGGAAAAUGGACUCAUUUUCACCCAAACAGCUCUAGUUUCAAAUAAACUGCAAAAUCUCAUAUCCUUGCAAAACUGGAUUAUUUUCACUAAGUUCAAAUGAAAUGCGAAAACCAGAGCUUCAGGCUCUGACUUCAUGGAACAUAUUUCAUGUUGCCCAGGUUAAUAUGCUUGGGGGGCUUGCACUGCAUCUUAGUCUCUCUCUCUUGUCUCUUCCCACCCCAGUUCACUCCUGCCCUGCUAUUACUUACGCUCUCCUCAGACGCUUGUCAUGUUGUAGGCAAGUCCUUUGCAUUUAAACAGCAAAACUGAGCUCAGCUGACCAUCUUCUUCCAAAAUCCUGUAGGUAUCCUUUCAGGACAGGAACGAAGAGCUUAACGGAGUAACCUUAUUUCAUUUUGUGGGGAGAGGUCUUGGUUCUCCUCUCAUACUUCCCAUACAUCAAGAGUAACUCCACUAACACCCAUGCAGUUACCCUGAAAUAAAACCAGUCUGUCUAAGAGUCAGGCCCUGAGGACGAAGCCUUAACGUGACUCUGCUGUUUGACUUUUUUUAUGGGAAUUUCUUCCCCAGAAUUUCAAAGCAAAAUUGAGACUCUGAUUUGAAAACUGCUAACAAGAUGACAUACAAUGAUCCCCUUUACAGCUGGUCGUACUUAACACUUUAAUAUCGACUGGCGUUCUGCUGCUAGUGGCGAGUGUCCUGCAAACCAGAUCUCCCCUUAAAAAUCCAGGAAACUGACACUCUGCUGGAGAAGGGGUUACUGUAUAUAACUUUACCAUUUAACAGGCACGGAUUGGAUGAUCUGAGAACAAACGUGUCUGUGUAAAUUAUUUUACAUUUUUGUUUUAGGUUUUUGGUGGCGGCAGAGAGAUAAACCAGGCAGAUGUUUGGAGAGCUUGUCUUUUAAAUGUUUCACGGCCCUAGUGUCCAUGUCCCAGUGCCUGUGUUUUGUCUCUGUCGUCCCUCUAUACAUCUCAGUAUUUGUUUUGUUUAAUUAUAAUCUCCGGAUCAAGUACUGUACAGAGGGCCUGAUCCAGAGUCCACUGUAGCUCAUGGGAGUCUUCAUUGACUUCAGAAGGCUUGGGAUCAGGCCUACAGGUUGCUGUUUUCCCACCUCCUCAGACCCAACUUGUAACCAAAUGCCGAGACUUCUGUAAAAACAGGCGUCCAUAAUUGCUACAAAGUUAGAUCCCUCAUUUUUUUUGGAGGGGCUUAUGUAAAUUUGUGUGCGUGUGUGUGCGUGUUGCGGUUGGGAAAUCAUUUUCACUAAUAUCCUCACUAUAGGAGCCCAAGUUCUGCUGUUUUCUGGAGGAAAACUGUUGAAAUAAAAAGCCUGUCCAUUGGGAAUUUUCCCACAGGGACUCUUGGGUCAGGCUCAACAUGGGCAUAGGCAGAAUAAAUUGGUCUCUUCCAUUUUAGAUUCACAGGGUUGGGCUGGUCCCACACAGGGUGUUCAUAGUUUGUUCUUGCAUUCAGGUAGCUUUUAAUUCUAGUUGGAGAGUGCAAUUUAAAUAAAUAAACGGUUUUAAAGCUUCACACUGGCGUUUUACAGACCUGUCCUUUUGCAGCAUAAGCCACUGCUGUCCUGUGUUGAGACUCCUGUUUGUUACUGAAUCAAAACAAGGGUUGGUGGAGGGUGGGGUGGGGAGAUAAGAAGAAGAAUAAUUUGGUAAAAGACUAUAGAGGUAACUGGACAAUGGUAGUGGCGGGGAAAAGGGAAGUGAUUAGAUAAAGAUCAAUUUUGAUCCAGGGAUGUUUCUUCUUAAGGCCAUAAAUUAUUGGGUUUGACACUGCAGGUGCUUUCACUAUGUAUUUUUUUUAGUAUAUCACUGCUCUGUAAUACAUUAUGAUUUAUUGUUGCCCAAUGUUCAGUUUUACACAGCAUGAUAAAAUAUAACAACCUCUAUCCUGAAGUUCAUGAUCCGCUGAGGUAAGACAAAUGUGUUCUGCAUUUGUUGUAAUCAAGGAGCCUUGUGCAUCUGGGAGAUCUAGAUAAUGUCGAGGUUCAUCAGAAGGUCAAAGCUGGCAAGAUGGUCUAUUCCCAGAUCUUUAACCCGGCAGUCCCUUUUCGUACUGUUGCGAAAUAGCCCUUCGCUAGUGACGCUGCUGGGAAAUGUCUGAGGCUUUUAUACCUUGUACGUUGUGAUCUUGCUGUUCUGAUACAGGAGGAUUAGCUGGUUACAAAGGUAGCUGCUUCUCUAGUUCUCUUCUUCCACCAUAAUAAGGGCAGUAAAAACCAGUGGGCAUUUGGGAAUCUUUUUGAAAUCUCUAAACUUAAGCUUUUAAUAUUUACUUUUAAUUUUAGGUUCCCCUAAUGAUUUCAUCUGUAGCUGUAAGCCCUUGACUUCUACAGAUCAGUGUAAUAUAUAAACUCUAAGCACUUGGCAGCCUUCACUAUGCAAACAGUUAAAUACUUAUAUGAAAAUUAUUCUUGUACUGUUUUCUGUGGUCAUCCGGGAAACAAAGGGCAAGAACAAAUACCUAUGUGUUAGUCCAGAACUUGAACUUCAAAUGUGCCAAAUUAUGUUCUGAAUCUAGAACUCGUAACAUUCAAGUAGGAUCAAUUCCUUCCACUCUAGAAGCAGUCAUCUUCCUGAACCAAAAAAGAACGCUAAUUGUCUCAGGAAUACAUCUUAAUUGGCGCCGUUGGAAAAGGAGAAUGAAAAACAAUAAAUAAACACCAAGCAAUUGGUGGAACGAUUGAUUACCAGUGUUUAAUAAGAAAAAACAACAAACCCAGAGAAGGACCAAGUUACUAAUUGUUUCCAUUCUCUAGGCAAUUUCUCAGUUGUAUGAGGUACUGGGUAAGCAUGCUGAAAAGGAGGGGGAAUUACUUGUGGUGAAUUUGGGUGUAAGGAGUGGUUUUGGAAGCAUGGUCUGUCUCUCACUGCACUUGCUUUUUUCUGUUCUGGGAAUCUGAACUGAGAGUUACAAUCCAGGGAUUGUGUGCAGAGUAGCUGCAGUUUUGCUGGUUGGUUGUUCUGACUUGAUUAUCCAAGUGCUCAGUUGUUAAUUUCUUGUCAUUCAUCAAAAUGCUCUCUCCUUAUUUUACAAUGUUUAAUUGCAAACAGCAUCUGUUUGUUACCAUAGAUGGCAGUGUUUUGAAGAGGAUUAAGCCUAUAAUCCUCCAGUUCUCAGGAUUUGAAAUUUCAUAUCUACCUAAAUGAGUCUCACCAGCGACCUGAUCACCUGCUUGUGUUGACUUUGAGAAUUAGGCCAGAGGUUUUCAAGUGGGUCCUUAAAUCCAUAUUUAGGUGUCUAAAUAAGUGGCCUUGUUUUCAGAAGUACUAAGCAACAACAUUCCCAUUAAAAUCAGUAGGAGCUGUGGGAGCUCAGAAGUCCUGAACGUCAGGACUCUGAUUUGGGUGCCUAACUGUCUUGAUAAAUCAAGGCCAUAAGGCACAUACCUAACUUUAAACAUGGGAGUGCGCCGAUUGACUCAGGCACAUGCCUAGGCCUGUGCGUAAAGUUGAGCGUUGACGUAUCCUGUUCAGUCCAGACGUAAACGUAGUGUUAGACAUCCAAGUUUGAAAAUGUGAGCAAGUAUAAAAGUCCAAACACUGUGUGGGGCUUGUGGAUUUUGUAGGUGGCUGACGUUUUGAAUGUGACCAUAAUUAUUGGACGCUGCGGUGUACUGGUCUGGGUUUCCAUUGACUGAUGGGUAGGAAUGUAACCAUCUGCGAGAGAGAGGCUGUGAGAGUAUGUUGGUGGCAAGAGGUAGAGAAAUGUGUGGCUGGUCCUGGUGUGUGUGGUAGAGCUGAUUUAUUUAUUUUUUGUAUGUGGAAACGGUUUUGUUUGGCGUUUUCUGGAAGCUGAUGUGGUUUCUGUUGCAGUAUAAAUGAAAGAGAAGAAUUGAGACUUUUAAAGAGAGGAUGAAGGCGGGAGUUAAUUCAGCUUGUUUUGGGGGAGGUGAAAUAAAGCGGUGAUGGCAUUUAUUGUUCCUUCCCAAGGGAGGAAGAAAAGUACAGGAGAAACCAUUCCUCAAGGAAUAACGUUGGGCCACAUGCACUGCUGGUCCACUGAGCGGCUCCACUGUAGUCAGCAGAGUUUCACUUGCUGGUGGAUAAUGCCUAUGAAGUGGAUAUUUGAUCUUAAUGCCACAUCUUGAUCCUAUGGAACUGUUGAGUAUUUUGAUAUUGACUUUAGUAGAAUCAGCAAUUGCCCCAUAAUGUUCUGUAGCAGGGGUGGAGCUAGACCUAGAAGUGUUUUUUCUUUUGAUCGCUUGCUAGAGAGGGAACGGUUUGUUUGUGCAGCAGACCUGCUUCUGCAAUAGUGACUUGCCAGGUGGAAACAGCUGGCAACACUGUGCCCAUUAAAUGGAUUUCCCAACUGGUAAAUCAGUUGUGUGACGUAUAGAAAACACCUCUUCUCCCCCCCCCCCAAAUCCUUUGAUUAAAUGUACUUCGCAGGUGGCGUCACCAUUUGCUAAUGAUGAUUUUUUGAAAUGGUCACUGUGAAACACCCUCCCAAUCUCUGUCUAAAAUGACAGAAAACUAAAAGCCUGUUUGAUCAGCCUUCAAGUCUGCCUUUUAAACACCUUGGUAUAGAGUUCCGAUCAGCGAAGAGGAAUUUGUUUUACCUGCAAAGAACGAGGACUGCAUCCAGAGUGGAAAAAUUGACUCUUCUCUCCUCCCCCACCCCCCAAGUAAAUGUUGUCUUCCCUCUGUGGUUUAGUGCCGGCCAGUCAGCGAGCAUGCUUUAGCCAGUGUGAUAUUCUAAUGAGAAGUCAUUUACCUGGUCUGGGCCGAUUCUGAACGUGUGGCUCUCUGCCAGAUAACUCCCACUGAGGGGCACAGUGAUAUUCUCAUUGUUCUGCUCUGGCUGCGAGCAAGGUGGCGAUAGCCCUGCCUCUGGUAAAACAUGAUCCUUGUAUAGUCCAUGCCCAUUGGGUGGCCUUGAUAUUUUAUUUUUUAAUUUUUUUUUUUUAAGCCUUUAUUCUUCCUGGCUCACCCUAACUGUCUGAUCCAGAGCUGGCUUCCUCGUCGUUUCUUUACUGGAUAUGAUACAAACCAAGCAUAAUAACUGUGAUUGGAACUAUGAGGUCCAAACAUUUUUGCAGUUAAUGCUACAGGGUUCAGCUGAUCUUCAGGCAUGCCACUGGCCUGUGUGGGACUAAGAGGCGCAGUAAAUGUAACAUUUGCCUCCUUUCCUGUAUCAGGUUUUUGAUUUGUUACAUUCACAAAAUACAUCUUGCCGAGCAGUACUUGACCAAUUCCUAUUGCAAUUCUUUUUGGCUAAGCAGCGUUAGUGUGCUCACUUUUCUAGCAGAGUGUCUUCUGCUACAGUCAAGUGAAAAUGUUUUAUUCAUUAACGAUUAAAAUUCUGUGGAUUACUUAUUAAAUGAAGAAUAAAAGCCAUAUUAUCUGUCAAGGAUAGUCCAAAACAUGACAUAUGGCAACUAUUGUGUGUGUGACUACACAUGCCAAAAAUUUCAGACUGGUGUUGCCUAUGUUUAGAUUCCUAAAUCCAUAUUUAGGUAUCUAGUAAUACCAGCUUGAUCUUCCGGAGGUGCCGAGCAGCUUCAGCGCCCAUAGAACAGGAGUUGUAAGGGCUCAGAACCUUUUGAAAAUCAAGAUACUUCUAUUUGAGAGUCUAAAUAUAGGGCCAUUCAUCUGAAAAUGUUUGUUUGGCCAUGAUAAUCCUAAAAUCUGAUGGUCUGGCUUAUGGACCCAGAUUCCUCCAAGAAAUGUCACAAAUCAACAUGAUCAUGUCCUGUACCAUGAUAGUGCCAACUUUGGCAUCUGUGUAUUUGAUUUUGGUGGAAAGAUGGAAAAAGCUCUAAGCCAUGCAGCUCCAUAUUGCGUGUCUAUCAAGAAUGUCCAGUCAGGGUUUGGAAUAAAUGAUGCCUGAUAAACAAAUGUCUCAGUCUGAAGUAUCUGGGCUAAAUCUUCUGAAUUGCCCAAGAAGCCAAACGGUGCUCCUGUUCCAGGCUUCUGCCCGCCUCAUCUAGUAACCUGUGCUGUCGGGAGGGAUGGCAGGAUGCUGAUGGAAGGGGAAAACUGCACACACAAGCGGUUGUCCAACCCUUUCUCAGCUAAAGUUUGGAGCGAUUUUAGGCCAUCUGCGGUAUUAGAGCAGCAUGAGGACUCACAGAGCCAUGGGCAUGUCCUAUUGUACAAAGCUACAGACUCUUCCAAGGCUUUGCUUAUACUGUCUUGAGUGAUCGUUAUUGUUUUGCAUGCACCGUUUCAUCGGAACAGCAGCCAUCUCCACACCCGUGCAUGAUCAGCAGAGGCUUGUGAGGGACUUCUGAAAUUUUAGGGCUGUCUUCUCAGUUUUACUACAAGUUCUUGCAGUGUGAAACUACAAUAUUUAAUGUCUCAGGCAGAGAGGGCUUGCUAAGUAGACUGUACUUAUGGUCAUCUCCCAGUUCAUUGAUAGCUUGGACCAAAGGUGGUGCUAAAUAUCUUUAAUAUUUGUAAUAUUUAUGUUGUCUUUAAGUAUUUUAUCACAAAGAUGCAGUGUCCUUUUAAAAGAGAAAUCUAGCCCUUGGUUUUAGGACCUGGCAAAACCCCUGAGGGACUUUCAGGGGGUCAGGGUUGUUGCUUAUUAAAAUUCGAGCAGGCUUCUUGUAUUUUGAGGGCCAGUGGGGGAAAGGAUGCUCUGUCUUCAAAUGCUUGCAGAUUGUAAGAUUUGGUUUGUGAUAAUGUUUUUUGUAUUUUGUUUACAUCUCCUCUUAUAUGCCCUAAGAACAAAAAUAAAGGUUUUUUGAUCAUUUUGUGUC